AUGACAGCAAUCUGUAGCCGCAGCGCGAAUAUUUUUUUCCCGCCUUCAGCCAUACGCCCACCAAAAAACACCGUCGUUUCUUCUCUGCUUUUUUUUUUUUCUUUUCUUAUUAUCUUUCGCUAUUUUUUUUCUUUUAAUUUUCUUAUCUCAACUCGAAUAUUCCCGCCUUUUAUAUCUCCUUUUUUUUUCCUCCUGCUUUCUUCCAUUAAUUUUUUAUUUAUUUAUUUCGCCUUGCUUUUCUUUAUUUUAUUUUUUUUUCGAGUUAGGGGUUCUUGUCUUUCUUCAUUAUACAAUUUAUUAGCCUUCUUUUUUCUUUUCUUUUUUUUUUUCAAAAGGAAUGAUUAUUUUUCUUUCACUUUUCCUCUUUUCUUUUCAUAUUCUUCCAACACUUAUCUUCUCUCUUUUUCCUUUUUUUUCUCUUCCUUCUUUUCCUCCUUCUUCCAUUACGUUUUUAUUUCCCUUCAUUAUUUCUUUCGUUUUUCCUCUUCUUUUCUUCUCAUAAUCCUCAUAUACGUCUUUACUCUUUCCUCUUCUAAUAUUAUUUUCUCUCUCUUUCCCUUUUUUUUUGUUCUUUACUUCUCCCUUUUCUUUUCUUUUUUCUCUUGCUUCUUCAUAAUAUUUCUCUUUCGUUUUCUUUUCUUAAUCUUCUCCGUUUAUAUCCACCUCUUCUUUUCCCUUUGGAUGUUUCAUUUUCUUUUCUUCAUUCUAAGGUAUUAUACUUUUCUAAAGCUUUCUCGAAAUAUCUUCACGGAAGAUCAAGCGCGACCUCCCACAACAAAAAGAAAGCCAACCUCCCCCCCCCUAAUUGCCCACCACAUUCUAUGCUCUUCUCCUCUGGCUUUUUACUUCUCUUCCCUCACCUGGCAACACCCAAGACCCUACCACAAAUUUUUUACCCCUGCAGAAAGAGCCGGAGAUGCAGUCAUAGUUUCCUAA